CUGAAAAGGAGAGGAGCUAUUUUUGUCUGUGUGUGUGUGUGAGGAAUGAAUAUGUCUUCUGUUUCUUUUCUGCUGGUACAGAAGGGACAAAAUAACUACCAUCAAGCACAAUGAGCAGAACAACAUUCUUUGAGGUGGAGGUCCUUGAUGCCAAGACAAAGGAGCAGCUUUGUUUUCUAGAUAAGGUGGACCCUCACUCAACAAUAGGAGAUAUUAAAAGUCUCUUUUACAAAUCACAUCCUCAGUGGUACCCAGCAAGACAAGCUUUAAGACUUGAAUCUAAGGGAAAAUCAUUAAGGGAUGAUGAGAUCUUACAGAACCUACCAGUGGGAACCACUGCUACUAUGUACUUCAAAGAUCUUGGUCCACAACUUGGUUGGACUACAGUAUUUUUUGCAGAGUACAUCGGAGCCCUGCUCACAUACCUCCUCUUUUUUUUUCGAGUGCCAUAUAUUUACUCCCACACAUAUGCCUUUACCUCCAGCCCCCAUCCCGUUGUUACACUGGCCUGUGUCUGCCAUACGUUCCACUAUAUGAAGAGGUUGAUGGAGACCAUCUUUGUGCAUCGUUUCUCUCAUGGGACAAUGCCACUCAGGACAAUAAUCAAAAACUGUGCCUAUUACUGGGGUUUCUCUGCAUGGUUAGCCUACUACAUAAACCACCCUCUUUACACGCCUCCAUCAUAUGGAGAACUUCAAAUCAAGUAUGCUCUGAUCACAUUUGCGAUGUGUGAAAUGGGCAACCUCUCCAUUCAUAUGAGUUUGAGUAACCUCAGAGUAGACGGGUUCAGAGUAAGAAGGUUUCCUAUGCCAACCAAGAACCCAUUCACAUGGCUGUUUUUCUUUGUAUCCUGUCCAAAUUAUACUUAUGAGGUUGGUGCUUGGAUGAGCUUCACAGUCAUGACCCAGGUUCUUCCAGUGGCAAUAUACACUUUAUUUGGGUUUAUUCAGAUGACCAUUUGGGCCAAAGGAAAGCACAGAGCCUACAUACGAGAGUUCAAAGACUAUCCAAGUGUUCGGAUGGCCAUCAUUCCCCUGAUUCUUUGAUAUUUGCUUAGGCCUGUGCUAUUGCAGCUUGUGAGAGCAGCACUAUGCAAUUUUUAAACUGAUGAAUGGGCUUAAAAAACAUGUGAAGAGGAGCAAUAAUAUAGAAAUGCACUAUAGCUGAGCCUUCAAUGUUUCCUGAGAACAUUUUAUAUCCUGUUCAGUUUCAGGAGCAGUACAUACAUGGACAAAAGUUUUGGCAGUGACAUUAAUAUAAGAUUUGGCAACCCUUUGAAGCUUUAGUUUUUGUGGUAAUCAGGCUGUUUACAUAUUAAUACACAAUGACCAGAUGCAUAUUGAUUAAUUGCAAAGCACUUCAUUGACUUAAAAUGUUUCGUAAACAAACACCCUUUGUGAUUGAAUUCUCACCUUGGCCGAGUUAUUAGCUGAUUUCAUUUUAGUAAAUUAAAAUCAAAAGCACAGAAGCUGCAAAAUAGUGCAGAUGGUACACAGUUUAUCUAAUUGGCAGAGUGAUCUCUGUAAAAUUUAAAGGGGCAGAUAUGUGCAAAGUAAUUGUCUUUUUGUGUUUGCAAUGGUGAAAAUGUUCUCACAGGAAGGAAAACCCUGCUAGGAAUACAGCAACUGAAAGAGUGGCCUUCUGGAUCUCAAAAACUUCAAAGUGAGAAGUUCAAACACAAUAAAGGAGCAAACAUUAUGUCCAAGAGUGUCCACCAGGCACCAAGAUGAUUUCCUACUGUGAUGCGAUACAAUGAAACGUGUUAAGAUGGUGUAGGUGUUACUUGAGCAAGACACUUCACCCACCUUGUUUGCUGAUGGUGGUCAGAGGGUCCGAUGACUCAAAUGGCAACAUUUCAGUCUGUCCUUGGGGGCUUUAAAAUUCUCCAGAACAAAUAAAAUCUUGAAAAGUAUGACAUUUGAAUGCACCCUCCUUUACUCUGAUAUUCCAAUUAAUCGGAGGAGCAGCCAAUAGGCCUAUAGUAACUCUGGAGGAGCUGCAGAGAGCCAUAGCUGAGAUGGGAGAAUCUGUUGAAAAAACAACUGUUAUCUCAUGCACUUUACAAAUCAGGUCCUUAUGGAAGAGUGAGAAGAAGAAAGCCAUUUCUGAGUAAAAGCAAUGUCAUGUUUGUUGUUUGCUACAAGUCAUGUAGGGGAAACUAACAUUGUACUUCGCACUGAACACACCACCCCCACUGUGGAAAAUGGAGGUGACAGCAUCAUAGUAUGGGGAUGCUUCAUCAGAGACAGAAAAUCUGGUCAGAGUUGAUGGGAAGAUGGAGAGAGCUAAAUACAGGACAAUCCUAGAACACAACAUGUUGGAGGCUCCAAAACACUUCAGACUAGUUAGAGGUUCACCUUCCAACAGGAGAAUUAACAUAAAUACAUACAAUGGAAUGAAUAUCCAGUCAUACCGAGUUUGAACGGUUUUAUAAGCAGGAAUGGACAUUUCCUUUUCUAGAUGUGCAAAAUGAAACUAGUGAAAACUUACCACAGAAACAUAAAAAAUAAACAGAAAUGUUAAGAAAUAUGGAAGCCACAUAACGCACGUCUCUGCCAAAACACUUGGUCCUGACUGCAGAUUUUCUUCUUUCUGAGGAUUAAAUGAUAUUUAUAAAUGCAAACGUGUCCAACCCAAGUCCUGAAGGCCCAGUGUCCUGCAUGUUUCAGGUGAGUCUUUGCUCUAACUCAGCAGAAACAAUAGCUGAAUUAGCUUAUGAUGUCCUUGUGAUGUCACUAAUUUGGGUGGGAACCUGCCAAUGACCCAUUCAUAUAAUUUUGGGUGAACCAGAAAAAAACUCCUAAAACAUGCUGGUCCUUCAGGACUGACUUUCAACACCAAUAUGUUGAUGGAAUUUAAAUAGAUUAUUCCUUAUUCUUUAUUUCCACUUGUUACAACAUUUGACUGUUCUGGUUUGCAUUUUCAGAAAG